AUGUCUGAUGCGGGGACGCAGGUAACGCCAGCGACUACAGUCACAGCACUCCCAGCGACAAACACAGCCUCGCCAGCCGCCGCCAGCCCGGCCCUCGCCAUCCCACCAUUCCCCUCAACUCAACACACAACACCAUCGUCCGCCCAGCUGGCACUUCCGGCCCAGCCCUCUGGGCUCUCUGGGCUGCCUGUCCCGACUCCCGAGGUCGCGCCUGCCCCGUCCCACUCGCCAGCAGCUGCUGCUAAUGGACCUUCACCAGCCAUGGCCGCCGCUGCUGUGCCAGCCAGCCCCAGUCCCGCCGUCAACGCCGAGCCGGCGGCAACACCAGACGCCCCAGACCCUACCGCACUGCCCGCAGUGGCAGGGCCGUCAAAGCGGAAACGCAACCUCAUGGCCGCUGGAUACAGCGCGUACGAGCUUGCAGAGGUCGAGUCGCGUGCCGAGGCACUCCACUUUGCCCUCGAAUUGGAUCAUUACGAUACACAAUACCCGCAAGUGUCUCGCUUCACGAGCGUAGAAGACGCGGUUGAUCGUCUCCUCCCCUACCAUGUCUGGCAGGUGCCCGAUUCGGAACUCGACAAGCUCGACGAGUCGCCCGAGAGUGGUAUGAAGGAAGCAGGCGAGCUGGUGUACGACCUCGUCAACAUCCGUGAACGCUUUGCCAAAGCCCGCCGCCGUGAAGGACAUCACCCGUCCGACCUGCCCUCCCUCAUCGACAUGAUUCAAAAGUCCACAGUGCAAAUACGAGAGGAGCUCCAGGCCGUGCAGCAAAACCUGCGCGCGACGCGGUCCAAGUACGAGGCCAUCGAGGGUGAGGCGCGCAAGAUCCGCGAGGCCCAGCAGGCCAAGGAGAAGGAGAGGCUCCGUCUCGAAGAGGAAGCACGCCGUCGGGAUGAGGAGGCACGUCGUCGCGAGGAAGAAGCGCGUCGUCGGGCACAACAGGUUGCGCAGGCUGCACAGGCUGCUCAGGCCGCGCAAGCCGCGCAGGCCGCGCAGGCCGCACAGGCAGCCCAAGCGGCCGCCGCUGCCCAAGCUGCCGCCGCUGCCGCUGCUGCUGCUGCGCCGCCCGUCCCCCGUCCCCCACCUGUCGUUGUUCCCGCGGCGGUGCCACGUCCACCAUCUGCUAUGCCCAUUGGUGUCGGCGCCGUCGCACCAGGGACGCCAGGUGCCGCGCCCGUCGGUGUGCCACCUAUGCCAACAGCUGGUAUGGUCAUGCCCGUCGCCAGUGCCGGUGUGCCAGCGACGCCCAUGGCCGCUGCGGCCUUGCCGUCUGCGCCCGCCACCCCGACCGCUGUUCCCGCUGCUCCGGCCGCAACACCUCCACGGGGCCGACCCCGUGGCCGGCCGCGUGGCAGUGGACGCGGCGGCCUGCGCGAGACCGUCCUCACUCACACGACUGGUGCGGGGCCGUCCACUUCGCCGCUCACCCCAUCUGCCUUCCCGUCCCCAGCUGCCGCUCCGGCCGCUCCGGCCACACCGGGACUGACGCCUACUGGUAAACCGGCCCAGCAGCCCGUCAUCAUCACUGUUCCCAUGACUCUCAUUCCACAAUUCGUCGCGACUGGUCUGAUCAUCAUCCCUGCGGACCCUAACGGGCCCAAGGCCCCGGCCAAAGUGGUGCGCACGAGCGACGAUAAGAAGAAUGUCGUCCUGUCACUCGAUCUCGGCGCGUGUAACCAACAGCAGCUCCAAAACCUGGCGCGUCUGUUGAAUGUGCAGGCUAGGCCUGCGGCUUCCAAUUCACCGGCAGUUCCGGGUGCCCCUCCGGCGACUUCGGUCAAUGGAACAGCAGCGGCGAUCGCCACGCCCACCCCACCGGGCCCGUCGCCGGUUACAACUGCAGCACCAGCACCAGCACCAGCACCAGCACCAGCAGCUCCACCACCACCACCGCCAGCAGCGGCGCCUGCCACCAGCAGUGCGCCUGUCACCGGCGCCCAUGGCCACGUACCGAACACUGCUGCGCUGGGGAGCGGGAGUGGCGCCGCAGGGGCCGGGCCAGAAAAGUAG